UCAUGCUUCAGAAAUCUGCUGAACGGUGGACCUGAACCAUUAUUGGCUGAAGUGAAGAGCUGUCAGGCGUGUCUGCUAUGGGUCUAUCAGCAUGUGCUUCUUUCCCCUGACUGACUUUCUUUGUAAAUGGAGGGAUUGAAGAAACUAAGCAAUCUUGUUGCUUUCUAGGAGGAUUUUUUUUUCCAGUGGACCGUUUAUUCUUCUUACAUCUGAGAAUUUGACUGAUCUAGGAAAUGUUUUCAUAAGGACUGAUGCAAUGUCGAACUCCUGUUUAUUUGCAUUGCAGGUUUUGUAAAAUGUUUCUUUCUCCGCUGCAGGGGAGGAAUGUUUCUCCUCCAGUUAACCAGACUCUAUGGCCAGAGCCUGAGAAUAAGCAAGCUUCAGGCCGGGACGGUGCCCAAAAUGUUUGGGGAUUUUUUUUCCCCCCUUAAAGUUGCUUAAUCAUAUGACCUUGUAUAGCUAAACAGCAGGAACUUGGAAGUGUGUGGUUUUGUUACAGCUAACUUCUUUGACUUCAGGGUCUCUGUUUAGCCUAAAUGCAUGAGCAUGAAAGUGUAUGUGUGUGAGGCGACUGUGGAAGACGUCAGGUUGAUUCAGCACUCUUUAUGGAGACUACAUAAGCUUUUGACUGACCUCCCAGAUGAUAUGCUGGAGGAUAGUCACGACUCCUCACCGGAGCUGGACUACUCAACCUGCAGUCCUCAGAAAGACAAGGAUAGACCACAGAGUGCUUGGAAUGGACAGACUGAUCAACGACAACGUCCGGCUGAAACGAAUCCUGGGACUGCCUAUGACCAGUCUGAUCAUCAGGGUUAUAUGUAUAGCCAUGGUCCCCUUCAUCACCUCCAGGGUAGGACAGAACAUUUAACCCAUGGCUGGGAUACACACCAAGACCAGAACUAUCAGUAUGAGUCUGGAGAGUAUGUCUACUCCUCUACUGGAACAGCAGACACUAACGGUACCAACGACUUCUCUGAUGGGGAGGGCUAUGAACAGGAAGAUUACCCACACACAGACUGUCAUUCUGGAGCAGAUGGCCAAGACUAUGGAGAACAUGCCAAUGUCAGAAACCACUUUAAGAAAUUUGAUGAAAUAACUGACGGCCAAGAUGUUGACUGUUACAAAGCCAGCUAUCGGCCACAUAAGCCAACAAGACAACAAAAUAUGUUCAGCAUUCAGUCAUCUCAUCAAAAUGGCCAGUUUGACCAGCUGCAAAGAGACUUUCUUGAUUCAUCACCAACAACUGUUGAUGCCCAGGAAUAUGCUCAGUUGAAGAUUUUAAACAAGGCUCAAUUGAGGCAGAUUGAGGAUCUGGAGCAGAAACUGGAAGAUAGUAGACGUAAAAUGAGAUAUCUUGAGCAUCAGUUUGCCAUCGUAAAAGAUGAAAAGGAUGGGCUGACAUUAUCACUGAAGGAGUCCAGUCAUCUCAUAGAGGAGGCAAAAGAGAGGGAGUCUCGACUACAAGCGAAAGUCAUGUCUUUGGAGCGACAGGUUCAGACCCUUACAGAGAGAGAACAGGAGAACAUGAAGAAGCAGUGCGUCGCAGAGGCCACGGUAGACAGUCUGCAGCAGCAGAUGAUGGAGCUGUGUCGAUCCGACAUGCUGACCCGAGCACGGGAGCAGCAUGACCGAGACAUAGCUGCCAUGAAGGAACAGCAUGAAGCUAGAGUGUUUGCACUACAACAGAAAUUAGACACACAAGGUCAACAUCUGGAGGAGCAGGUGCAGGCGGCCCAGAGGCUGCGGGAGCAGGUGAGGCAGCUGGAGAGGCAGAGAGAGGAAGAGCAGGUGGACAGGGCUGCAGUCAUCAAUGCACUCGCACAGCGUUUGGAGGAGAGCCAGCAGCAGUGUGCCAAACUGCUUCAAACUGGAUGUGUGCAAGAAAUGAGCCAGCUGCAGAUAAAACUACAGCAAUCCCAGUCUAGUCGUAAGAUAAGUGAGAACAUGAACAAAGUGCUUCAAGAAGAGUUAAUUGAGUUGAAAGAGCAGAUCACACUGUACGAGUCUGCUGUGAAACUUGGGGCAGUUUCUUUUGACUCGAACCCAAACUGGGAAAACCAGCUCUCGGAGUCCUACAUGGAUCUUGGCAUUAAGAAAGUUCGCUGGAAAGAUGGCAGAAAUCCCAGCACUCUUGUCCUGUCAGACUCUAGCCUGCCGAAGGAGGACUUGAUGAAAGAGCUGAAGAGUGAGCUGCAGCGGUGUCUAGCACAGCUGAAAACAAAACGGGAGAACAUCUCCUGCUUACAAAAGGAGCUCCAGACCUCACGGAAUCAUGUCGAACAGCUACAGACCCAGCUACAAGGAGCUGAGAAAAAGGCUCAAGACCUUGUGGUUAGGGAAAGUGGCCUAGAAAAGCUUUUGGAGCAAUCAAACAUGACCCCUCACAAAGAGGUUGCGAGACUGGAAGAGGAACGACAGCAACUCCAGAAACGAGUAGAGGCACUUGAGUUGAGAAAUAAGGAGCUGAAGCAGAGCGAGGAAAAGGUGAAGGCAGCUAAUUCUGAGCUCUGUACCAAGAUGAGAGAGAUGAUUCAGGAGCUGGACCAGGAGAAACAGGAGGCUGCAGAGAGGUAUGAGAGGACCCAGCAGCAGUACAGAGAUGAUGUGGUUCAGCAUGUUCGUGUAGAACUCGCCCAGGAACAUGCAGCUCACAUUGAGCAGCUUACUGCCCAGCAUCAACAGUACGUCCAGCAGCUGGAAUCUAAAUUAGCUGGCCUAAGCCAAGAAGUAUUAGCUGUGCAGGAAUGUUACAUCUCUGUCUGCAAGGAAAAGGAUAAACUCGAGGAAAACCUUCAGAGCAGAAUUGAUGAGGAGAGAAAGCUGAAAGACAAUGAGGUAAAGAGACGACAGGAGAUUGAGGAGGCUCAGGAGAAACAGAAGGCAGAGUUUGCCUCCCGACAUCAGGAGGCUGUUGCACAGCUGAAGGCUCAGUGGAGCAAAGACAAAGAGAUGGAGAUACAGUUGCAGGUCACUAAGCAGCUAGCCUCUGCCGAAAAGAGCUGGCAGGAAGGACGGCAAGAAUUGGAAAAGGAGUGGGAGCGAAAACUGGAAGAGGCCCUGAAGGAAAAACAAAAAGCCAAAUCUACUGAAACACAGGAUGGCUCCUCUCAGACAGACACCGUGGAUUCUGUGACCCAGCUUCUUUCCUUGGAGCAGCUGGAGGACAGACUCCGUGCCCAGAGGGUGGCGCUACAGCGAGAGUCAGACAGCAAGCUGAGCAAAGCAGUAGAGGAGGCAGUGAAAGGCAGAGAGAGCGAGCUGCAGCAGAAACAUGCACAGGAUAUGGCAUUGCAGGUUGAAAGGGCUGUGUCUAGGGCUCGUAAUCGCUGGGUCCAAGAGAUGUCCUCCCUCCCAGAGUACAAAGCCAGUUUGCAGACUGAGAGAGAACAGUGGGAGAUGCUACAACAGCAGCACAUUCAACAGCAGGUGUCCUCAGCCAUAAAAGCAGCUGAAGACAAAUUGCAGGAAACAAUGAGCAGAAAAUGUAAGGAGCUAGAGGACUACGUGUUCAGAAACCAGGAGCUUCAAAAGGAGGUGAACUGUCUGAAGAAAAAACAGCUGGAGUAUUCUGGUGAGGAGCAGAAGGGGCUCCUCAAAGCUGAGCUCUCUGCAGCAAGAGCUUUGUGGAACACUGAAAAGCAAGAAGAGAUUUCAUGCCUUAAAAUGCAACUCCAGAGGGACCAAGAGAGCCUAAUGGAAAAGCAUCAGGCACAGCUGGAGAAAAGACUAGAAGAGACCCGGGAGGAGGCUAUCAGACAGGGGCAAACCCAUCUACAUGAAGCCUUGCAGAGCAAGGAGCAGGAGUGGAUGAGUCAGCAACAGCUCAAAUUGCGGGAAGAACGGCAGCGAUCAAUAGAGGAGGUGCUAGUGGAGUUAAAGGAGGUGCUGAAGGAGGUCCAGGAGUGGAGAGAAGUUGCUGAGGAGCGAGAUAGCAGGGAAGGAGACCUGAGGGCCAGACUGAGGAACCAGUUCAGAGAGGCACUGGCCAAAGCUGUAGCCAGUACCAAGCAGGAGUUGGUGCAGAGCAGUGAGGAAAAGUUGAGGCAUGUGCUGAAGGAAACCCAAGAACAACAUGAAAAGGAGCUCAAUCAUAUUCGUAGCUCAUUGCUCCAAAGGAAGGAAAGUGCCUGUAGCAGCAAGAGUUGUAAUGACACCAUAGGCAGGCUCCAGAAGAAGAGUCGGGAGCUUCAGAGGCAUCUGGAGAAGGCCUGUCGUCAGCUCCAGCACACAGUCCGAGAGCACAAGAGCACGCUGCACAAACUCAAAGAAGAGCAUGAAGACAUUUUGCAAAAAGAGAAGGAAGCUCAUGCAAAAGCAGUUGAGCAGGCUAAAUUGUCUGUAUGCAAGGAGUCAGGUGGUGCAGUCAGUCAACAGAUUCUUCAUGCUGGUCUUGAGGAAAUGAACGAACAAUAUAUGAAAGCUGUGCAAAAAAUAAGAGGUGACAUGCUGCGCUACUUGCAGGAGAGCAAAGAGCGAGCAGCGGAGCUGAUCAGAGCCGAGGUCCUGAGAGAGAGGCAGGACACGGCCCGCAGGAUGCGCAGGUACUACCUCACCUGUCUGCACGAGCUCCUGGAGGAGGGGGGCCAGAGCAAUGGUGCUGAGAAGAAAAUCAUCAAUGCUGCCAGUAAACUGGCUGCUAUGGCUAAAGUGCUGGAGACUCCUGUAGCCAAAAAGAAACUUCAAAGAAAUCAGGAUCUAAAGGAACCGUCAUCAAGCUCUACAGGAAACUCUAAAGUUGACCAUCCUGCCAAAGUAUCAUGUGCUGCAUCAAGCCAAAGCCACCGUUCCGUAAAGGAGUCUCAUAAGAUUUGCAGGGAUGAGCAACACCAGCCAGUUAAAGUCCUCACUGAGACCAGCGCUGCAGCUCAAACGGCCAAAAUGAAGACUACAGGCGAGGCCUCUGCGCCUGACUUUCAGUCUGUGAAGAUGAAUGGUGCUAAAGGUCCUGAAGUAACUGAACCUGCCACUCCACAGUCACUGCACACUCAUCAUGACAAGUGUGAUUUUCCUUCAUCUAAUAUGUAUUGUAGUACUGUUGGCUUUGUUAAUGUGACCUUGAGGAAGCAUAGCAGGGAGGAGUACCUGAGGGGGAUAGAAGCAGGAAAAGCCAGUGAGCGUUUUACUCCUCAAGUGAGUGUUGAGUCUUUUCUGGUUGAAGAGGCACCUGUGAGAGAUGAUGGCCCGAGUGACUGGAGUUUAUCCAGUAAUGGAUCCACUUUUACCAAUAACAUUCACCUAACUACCACCUCCCAUAGCAAAAAUCCACUGAACACUCUCUCAUUGACUGGACCUGCAGUGGAUGAUCUGGACUUUGGAGUGUUUGUAGGUGAUAAGUCUGAUGUAGCUGUUUACAAAGAGAUUUCUAAAAAGCCAUUGGUGGUGAAAUCCAAGGAUUACGCAAGCACGAAAAUGACUAGGAGCAGGGAGCCAAUUCCAGGCUCAGAGGUGUGCCAUAGAGCAUGUCCUAAAAGUUUACUCUCUCAGUUCAAAACAUGUCAGCAGGACAGUGGCCUUGACAGCCCGGUGUGUCUGAUUGAGGAAUAAAAUGGUUCAUUUUUAUUUUGUGUCCCCCCGUCCCCAUUAGCACUGUGAUAUUUGACUGAAUGUGUUAAGUGAUUUUCAGGAUUUCUUAAACUGCUCUUUGUACUGCUUUUGGUGAAUUAAACUUUUAAAACUUUUCAUUAAA